ACAUGCAGCAUUUUUAACAAACAAUUUAUUAACAUUCAUCAAUCUUAUUCUCUGUCCGACAAACCUAAAUAGUCGACAUGUGAGACUCAUUACGAUGUCGAAUGAUUGACGAACAAUUUAACGAUCGCGAACCAUUGAAUGGUAAUGAAAGCUAGUUUAUGGUGAUAGAUCUAUUUCGUGUUUCACCCUCUGACAAUCGCGACUAUACAUAUAGUAUCGUAAGCACGUAUCACAUAACCUGGAGAGGUGGCCUGGAUGCCUUUUUUCGUCAUGUACCGUUAUCGUAGAAUAACUUCAGUUCUGCGACCAUAGGUACUACUUAUUUUACCUCAUCGUUCAUCUGUUCGAUUGUAAGCAUAGUUCAGUUCUCGUUGCUCACUCUGCGUGGUCAGUUGGAACGGUCCCAUCGAUGCAAGCAAAAUCGCGGGAAACAAAACGAACAUAAAGAGGAAAGGAGCGACCAACGAUCGCAAAAGCAUCCACUGAUAUUCACCGGAAGUGAUUAACGCAUCGGAAGUGCAAAAUGAGAAUUACGCUCGCCUUAGCAAUAGUUGUCAUUGCUUGUGUCAGCAUUCGAUGCGUUGAUGGUAAAGCAAAGAAAACAACGCAAUUAUCUCUACAAAGCAAAGAGACGAAUGUAGUGAAUUUUAUGAGAUUGCUCAUGAUGAGACUUGUGUUUGGAGUUGCAUCGACAAUGGGUUUAGGUGAGAAUCUUUCUGGAGUACUCGGAGGAAUUUUCGUACCACCUGGAGCAGAUGAUUACAGUGAUUACGGCGAUGAUGAUUUAAUACCGGAUUUGUUUUAAUAAUAAUAUUUAUUAAAGUGCAAUUUCAACAUUUCUAGUAAAAUACUAUCAAUACAAACUUUUUUUGUUCUUAAUAAUAUCUAAACAUGAUAAAUUAUAAUUCGAAUAUAUCGAAGACUAAUGAAUAUAAUUAUCUUUUAAUUUCAAAUUAUGAA